CAGGAACCCGAGGGCGGGCUCUCCGCCCGCUAUAAGAGGCCUCCCCGGGCGGCCCCGGCAGCUCCGCCGCCGCCCGCCGCCGCGCACCGAGCCCCGCGCCCCGCGCCCCGGCCGCCGCCGAGACCGGCACCCGCGCCCCAGGUGAUGGUGUAGCAGCCGCUGCUCCCGGCAGCAGCACCCCGAGCGCGCAAAGCUGGCUCCCUGCGCCAUGGUCACCCACAGCAAGUUCCCCACCGCCGGGAUGAGCCGCCCCCUCGACACCAGCCUGCGCCUGAAGACGUUCAGCUCCAAGAGCGAGUACCAGCUGGUGGUCAACACCGUGCGCAAGCUGCAGGAGAGCGGCUUCUACUGGAGCACGGUGACGGGCGGCGAGGCCAACCUGCUGCUGAGCGCCGAGCCCGCCGGCACCUUCCUCAUCAGGGACAGCUCGGACCAGCGGCACUUCUUCACCCUCAGCGUCAAGACGGAGUCGGGCACCAAGAACCUGCGCAUCCAGUGCGAGGGGGGCAGCUUCUCCCUGCAGAGCGACCCCCGCAGCAGCCAGCCCGUGCCCCGCUUCGACUGCGUGCUCAAGCUGGUCCAUCACUACAUGCCGCCCGCUCCCUGCGCCGUCCCCGAGCAGCCGGGGGGGGGCCUGCACCCCAAGCGCACCUACUACAUCUACUCGGGCGGCGAGAAGAUCCCGCUGGUGCUCAGCCGCCCGCUCUCCUCCAGCGUCUCCACUCUGCAGCACCUCUGCCGCAAGACCGUCAACGGGCACCUGGACUCCUACGAGAAGAUGACUCAGCUGCCGGCCCCCAUCAAGGAGUUCCUGGACCAGUACGAUGCCCCCCUCUAAGGGGCCCGCACAGGGAGGUCGCACGCUACAAGCACAAGAGCAGGGGACAGGCACAACACCCCGCAGAAGCAGGGACUUGCGGGGCGCGAGAAGCCUCUCCCUCUGGGAAGGAGGGGAGGGGACUGGGGGCGAGCUGUGGUGGACCCGGGGCUGUGGCUCGUGCCCGUCGUGUUGGGGGGCACACCCCGAGGAAGCGCGACACCCCCCGUCUGGGGGAAGGAGACUGCUCUGGUCGAACUGUGGAUGUUACAGUGCGCCCCGGCACGGGGGGAGCCGGGUCGGCAGAGCCCCAGGGCGCGGGCAGCCCAGGGACAGCGCCCGCUGCAUGGCAUGGCCACCCUGGUGGGACCGCGCCGGAGGGGUCUGGCCACAGCCCUCCCGCCAGGAGAGAAUGAGAAGCACUGGAGUCCAGCUGGUGCCUGACGCUUUUCCUCGGUUUUAAGGGGAAAGUGGUUUUUGCCCGUACUUUACCUCUUGCUGCCUCCUUGUGGGUGGAAGCUCCUUUCACACCAGGCCCCAGACUUGGAGGUCGCUGCCUUUUUGCCCUCGUUGCCAUUUUCCAAGGGACUAAGCCUUAAUAUUCUUCUCGUCCCGUGGUCUGGGUUACUGCACAUUGUUUGGCGACGCGGAGUGGUGAUGGUCCCGGCAACACGCCGCGAAGCCGGAGGGGAAGCAGCCCGUCCUGACAACAGAGUCCUGCAUGCUCACGUCUGCAAGGAGCACCGAAGGGACACGGAGCUGGCACCGGGCCGUUACUCCGAGUGUUGCACCCCACCUGCCCGGCCCCUCCCCACGGACCCCAGCUCUCCAUCCCGGCCGGGCCCCUGGCCGUGCUGCUCCCCGGGGCACCGAUGCCUGCGGAAACGCGGCAGGAGGAUGCCCUGAGAGCGCUGUCCCGUGAGCGUUCCUCUGCGUCUGCCUGGAGAAGCAGUUGUGGUGGGUUUUUUUUUGGCCUUUUUUCUUUAUUUUUUUUACCGAAGAGAUGUUUACAGGUCUACGUGAAUCACUGUCUUUUAUAAAGAUUCCAUCUUCACCUCCAGCCUCGAGGGCUGAGCAAAACCAUGCUUGAAAAUUCAACCAAAACAAAACUCAGAUGAAACUUUGCACAUAUUUAUAUUUAUAUUCAGAAAGGAAAUGUUUCCAUAAUUUAUAAUAAAGAGCACUAUUUUUUAAUGAAA